GCAUGCGCCGGAGGAGCCACAGGAGGAGGGGUGAGAAGAGGCGGUGGAAGGUGAGCGGAGGCGGCCUGUGGCGCAUGCGCUGGAGGAGCAGGAACUGGAGGUGUGAGGUCUGCGGCGCAUGCGCCGGAGCAGCAGCAGCAGCAACAGCAGAUGCUCAGGUAUGAGAAGAGGCGGUACCAAAGGGCUAAAUUCUCAUAAAACCCCGCAUAAUUAGGAUGGAUAGUUAUUUUAAAGCAGCAGUCUGUGAUUUGGACAAGGUGCUUGAUGAUUUUGAAAAGAAUGCAGAUGAGCAUGAGCACUAUCAAACAGAAGUUUCACGGUCAGAUUCUUCAGAAUUGCCGCCUUUUCAACCAGCUUCACUUGCACCUAAAAUUCAACAGCAUCUUAGCAGUCGUUCGUCAUCGCAAGCAAUUUUUAUUACAAAUCAGAUGACAACAAAUGGAAAGAAUCUCGAGGGAGUGACCUCCUCUGUGCAAAAUGAAAAAAAAGCAACAGGAACCGAUCUUCUUUCUACGGUGGACGGUGGUUCUUCAGAUGAAAUUCAGCCUUCUGGUCAAGGGCGAUGUAGUGUACCUGUCUGUGAUCUUGUCAGUGACACAGAUAAUUUGGUUCUUACGGUUCUUACCACAAGUAGUCAUGAGGAUAGCCGGGCAUUACAGCCAGAUGAUUUCCAGUCUGGUAAGGAUUCUCUGAUAGGUUUGGAUUUAUCUUCCCUUCCAUCUACCAUUUGCACGUCAUUGGAAGAUUAUGGUUAUAAUGCUGCCAUUGAGGAGGAACAGAAUGGUGGCCACUCCCCAUUACAAAACACAGAACACUUGGCAGCCAGAAAGUUGGAUUUAAAACCGUGUAAUCAUUUGGAUACUGCACUUUUGGACUCAUGUGAUUACAAGAUAGCAGGAAAUUUAAGGGAAAACAAAAUACAUAACUUAGAACAAAUUGCUGGCCUUAACACUGCUUUGACACAGCAGAAUUCGAAAACACUUAAUUCCAAAGAUGACACAAUACCCAAGAAGUUGCCUUGUGAAUUAUUAAAAGAUGAUGGUUGCUUAAGACAGGAUAUACAUACAGGGAAGACAGAAACAACAGAUUCAAAAGAAGGUGCUGUGACUGGUGUGCCUUGUGACCUCCCCAAAAGUAAAGAGUUAUGUCCUCCUGAUAGAAAUAUUAGAUUACCUGAUUGCUUUUUAUCCCCUUUAAAGGAAGAAUCCACAGAGGAAAACUCACGCACCUUGGUUCUUACAGAUAACAAUGAUAUGGUACAAAGUGGUUCUUGUGGUGAUGUUCAGUCAUCAUUGUCCUGUCUUUCAAUAUCUAUGUCUUUGUGUGGAUCGUUAAUUGAAACUAAAGCCCAAAGUGAUUGUGUUUCUCAAAUUGGGCAAGAAGAUGGCACUGUAGAAGAUGAGACGGUACACAAAGAUGUACCAAAAAGUGGGGGUCUCCAUGGGGAUUUAUUCACAAUGACUGAACCUUCUGAGCUGGAAGAAUGUGCAAACAGAGCUGAGGAGUCCUUUGUUGAAAAGGUGAAAGACCGGGUGGCGGAUAAUGACCAAAUGGUUGGCACAACUGAGUUUUCCCAAUGUCACACCAAUCUUCCUAUUGCUGCAGACUCUUUGGAGACUUGUGGUUGUGUCUCCCCUUUAUUUAAUGACCAUCAUGAAAAUGAUACUGUAUCAAGUAAGGAUAUUCUCAGUCAGGGUUUAGAAGACUUUAGUAUCGAUGAUGCCAUAAAAGGCCAAGCCCUAAUCAGCGAUGCUGAGCUGGAUGCCUUUCUCACAGAGCAGACUCUUCAGACCUCGACUAGAAAGUCUUUAGAAGUUGUUGGCGAUCUGCAAUCUCAAAUGCACGAAAUAAAUGCUAAAGAGCCAUCAGUUGAAGAAACUGCUAAUGCGUCUUUAAGAAGUGAAGAUGAAGAGGCUUCCGACAGGACUAGAAGUGGUGAAACAAUUGAUGCACGAGGUGAAUCGGAAAGCGAAGGUCUGUUUUCAGGAGAACAAAGCACAAUUUUGCCUCAGAAAGAGGCGUCUGAUAACGUGGCAGAAGUUGCUGAUGAACUUUCAGCCUCUAGCAUCAACGGUCAAACUAUACAUGCUGGAGGGGCCAGGCCUAAACAGUUGUGUACCCUCCCGUCAAAAACUAUUACUCCAAAGGAGUCAAACAAACUAAAAGCACAAAAUAGGACAGAAGCUGAUGAUCAGCUAGUGAAUUCCACUGCCCCAACAGUCUGUCCUGGAGAAACUAGAAUUGAGCCUAACGCGAGCUGCACCUCUGUCCCUGCUGACCUAGCAAAUAACUUGGAAAACGGAGAGAAUAGCUUUUCGACAAGCACAGAAGCAGUUUCUUUAGCUGAAAGAACUUGUAAAGAAGGAAUGGUUCUGGGACACAAGCAGCCUUCCUGGGUUCCUGAUUCGGAAGCACCAAACUGUAUGAACUGCCAAGUCAGGUUUACUUUUACAAAAAGACGUCACCAUUGUCGAGCAUGUGGGAAAGUGUUUUGUGGUGUAUGUUGCAGUAAGAAAUGUAAACUUCAGUAUAUGGAAAAAGAAGCCAGAGUCUGUAUUGUGUGCCAUGAAUCUAUAAGUAGAGCACAGGCAUUUGAAAGAAUGAUGAGUCCAACAGGUUCUAAGCCUAAUUCUGGAAUUACUUCUGAAUGUUCCACUGCCCAGCCUUUGCGGGAAACCCAGCCAUCCGGUUCACCCAGUAGUCCGUCGCCUACAGCAUCGUUACCUAUCUCUGUACUUAAACAACCAAGCAUUGAAGGACUGUGCCCCAAAGAACAGAAGAGAGUUUGGUUUGCAGAUGGUAUUUUACCCAAUGGUGAAGUGGCAGACACAGCAAAACUAUCAUCUGGAGGCAAGAAAGGUUCACAGGACUCAAGUCCUGUAUUACCCGACUUACCCACGACUAUCGAUCCAGUGGAUCAUGUCCCUUCUUCCACGGACGUAAAACCAAAGAAUGAUAUAGCAAAUGCUGGAAUUGCUGAGAAAUUGUACAGUCCCAUUCCUGUAGUUGGGGCUGCUGAAGAAUUUCCAAUGACUCUGGGAACUGAGGAGUUGUCUAGUCCUUCUUUCAUUCUCCCUGGUGAAGAAUCAUCCAUCUCCUCCGAAACUGAGAAAUCACCUAGUCCGGUUAUGGUUGCUCCAUCAGAAUACAAUUUGCCUUCGUCAAGUUCUUCAAAUUAUAUGUUUCUCUGUGGUAUUGAUCAGUGUGUUAGCAAGGAGAUCACCCUCAUUCCUGACGAUAAAUAUGAAUUGCCUCCUCUCCUAAUUGCAGUUGGGGAAAGAGGAGAAGAUCCUGUGGUAGAACAAUGCCCAUCUCAUGAAGAGAUGAUGUUGCUCCUUGAAGGUGAAGGACUGCAUCCAUUAACAUUUGUCCUAAAUGCUAACCUCCUUGUGAAUGUCAAGAUAGUGUCUUAUUCUUCAGAAAAGUGCUGGUACUUCUCAACUAAUGGAUUACAUGGCUUGGGGCAGGCAGAAAUUGUCAUUCUCUUGUUAUGCUUGCCAUGUGAAGAUACUAUUCCUAAAGACAUCUUCAAGCUAUUUAUUAGCAUAUAUAAGGAUGCAAUGAAAGGAAAAUACAUAGAAAACCUGGCCAACAUAACAUUUACUGAAAGUUUUCUCAAUAGCAAGGAUCAUGGAGGAUUCCUGUUUGUUACACCUACUUUUCAGAAAUUGGAUGAUCUGCCAUUACCAAACAGUCCUUUCCUUUGUGGAAUUCUUAUUCAAAAGUUGGAAAUACCUUGGGCAAAAGUUUUUCCAAUACGGCUGAUGUUGAGAUUAGGAGCUGAAUAUGGAGCGUAUCCAACUCCUAUAACAAGCAUCAGAUGCCGGAAACCUCUCUUUGGAGAAAUAGGACACACUAUCAUGAACUUACUUGUUGACCUUCGAAAUUAUCAGUAUACCUUGCAUAAUGUAGAGCAGUUAUUGAUUCACAUGGAAAUGGGCAAAAGUUGUAUAAAAAUACCUCGGAAGAGAUACAGUGAUGUAAUGAAAGUAAUAAAUUCUUCCAAUGAGCAUGUCAUUAGCAUCGGGGCCAGUUUUAGCAUGGAGGCAGAUUCUCACCUAGUUUGUGUACAAAAUGAAGGCGUUUAUCAAACACAAGCAAACAGCGCAACUGGCCGCCCUAGGAAAGUGACUGGUGCAAGUUUUGUCGUGUUCAAUGGCGCUCUGAAAACAUCUUCGGGAUUUCUUGCUAAAUCCAGCAUUGUUGAAGAUGGCUUAAUGGUACAGAUAACCCCAGAAACAAUGGAAGGCUUACGGCAAGCUUUAAAGGACCAAAAGGAUUUUAAAAUAACCUGUGGUAAAGUGGAUGCAGGAGAUCUGAGAGAAUAUGUAGAUGUCUGCUGGGUGGAGAAUGAAGAAAAAGUAAACAAAGGCGUUACUAGUUGGAUCGAUGGAAAAUCAAUGGAAGGCAUUCCAAGUGAAAGAAUAUAUCAAGAAGCAGAUUUUGAAACUGAUGAGAAACUUGUAAAGUGUACUGAGGUAUUUUAUCUGCUGAAGGACCAGGACCUGUCCACCUCGGCAGCUCGUUAUCAGUUUGCUAAAGAAAUCGCAAUAGCUUGCAGUGCUGCUUUUUGCCCCCAUCUGAAAACGCUAAAGAAACACGGAAUGAAUAAGAUAGGGCUCCGAGUCUCCAUUGAUACUGAUAAGGUUGAAUUUCAGGCUGGAUCUGGAGGCCAGCUUCUUCCUCAACGUUAUUUAAAUGACCUUGAUAGUGCUCUGAUACCCGUGAUCCAUGGGGGCAUUUCCAACUCCACUUGUUUGCCAAUAGAAAUGGAACUUUUAUUUUUCCUUAUAGAAAAUCUUUUUUAGUCGAAAUUAAGCAUAAUAUUUUUAUUUGCAUACAAAUGAAUUAGAACUAACCUCAGCACCAACUAAGUCUGUAAGAACACUAAUGUAGAUAGGUUUGAUUAUUAAAUGUUUAAGCUAGCUUUUUAGGCAGAUUUGCUUAAAAAAUCCCUAACACUGUAUAGGAUACAUCAUUUAAAAGUUUAAGGUUUCCAAGGUUUCUGAAACUUUACACUUAAUACAGGUCGUGAAAAAAGGCAAGGACUCGUUUUCUCUGAGUAACCUUAAUGUAACAACUCUGUCAGUUUUCACGCUAAACCAAAGUAUCUACACACAGGACUAUACCUCUUAAUCUACACCACAGGUUUUAAUGAAAAUUCAUUCUCAAAUGUAACAAAAAUUGGAGCAGCAGUUUUGCACAUAUAUGAAAAUUAGGUGAGACUUUAAAGGAUCAACUAGAAAUGCACGUUAAUGGCACAGAACUGUUCCAACAUUUAUGAUAGUGUCACAUAAAAAUUUUAUAAAGCUUCUAAAGCUGAUAUGUAGUCUCUGUGACAGUGAUCUGUCUUCGUAACUAGGUCUCUGAACAGAGAUCAGGAUUUUUGCCUUUAUUAAUAAAAUUUUGUAUUUGGGGUAUUUCUGGUUAAAUGAGACACUUCAAAUAAUUGUCGGUGCUUUAGCAACUUGUACUUCUACAUAUGAAUAUGUUGUUUUUAUGUAGGGAUCAGAUUCAGUCUGUUUUUAUAACGGUGUCUUUAAUAAUUUAUAAAUGGGAAUAUUUUUGUACCAAUAACCUUUCCCUUCCUCCCCCCACACUCAAAUGUACCACUGUAUCUUCGACUUCCAAGAGUGAUUGACAACAAGCCAGAUGACCCUUGAAGUAGUCGUCAUGUAGCAAUAAAUGAAGCAUAUGAAGUGAGGUUUCUUCUGCUCCUUUCUCGUUAAUCUUGGAAACUCUCUGGCACCCUGUUUAUUUUCAGGGAAAACAGUGUAUUAAGUGUGACUUUUCAUUAACUAUGGGUUCUGCAUAUUUGAAAUUCUUUGUAUAGUACCUAUUUUUAUAUUUGGGGUACAGACAGGGAACCUCUCUAAGUAUUUGAAUUUCACAUGGAGUUUGUAUCUUGAGUUCAGAGAUCCGGUGAACCCUCAUCGGGUUUGAGAAAACCGUGCCUCUUCUGUUUACCACAAACGGAACAAACAACAAAACUGCAGUAAUGAAGUAAAAGAUGCAUUUCGAAGUGUGACUGUUAAACAGGCUGUGAGAAUCCAGUUAUCUAGAUGCCUUUUUGAUUCUUGUGUGGAAUAUGUAUGUUUUUGUAUCAAAAACACUCCUUGUAUAGUUUGAGCAAAAACAACACUCUGUAAAAAGGAAAAUAAAACUUCCCACAAACACUAAUGACUUGAAGACCCAAGUCAGGGUUAAGACUCAGGAUCCAAGAUCUCAGGCUAGAAGAGACGGGGGAUUAAAUUUAAGGUACUCAAUUUCUGUGAAUCACAACCUCUAAUAACUAGCCAAAGACGUGACAAUGAAGUAACUAGCAUUCUGCUAACAAUAGGAAUUAGACGAUGCUCAGCCUUUCAAAGAUAAAGUGAAAAGGCAACACACAUUGAUUUACGAAGUAUAGUUAUAUAUGGUAAAAGCAAUUCCGUACUAAACUGCAUCUGUUCUCUUUUUGUAGCUAAUGUUUUCUAUAAGUGGUGGCAAUGUCCGGUGAAUAAAAGAGCUAUAUUUAUUUUCACGAUAACCAAAAGAACGGUAGGGCUCUCUUCCUAUCCAGCAGAGCUUUAAGUUGCUUUGAAAAAAGUCUAUGCAUAUUAUCAAACUGGCUUGAGUGCCUAAUGUGAUUCUUCUUGGUAAAAUUAAAGUAAUAUUCUUUGAGGGCAUGUUCA